AUGAAGACUGACGAUCCCAUGUCUGACGGGUUGGAAACGGGUAAAAACGAUGAUUCUUUCAUGGAUUCUUCAGAUUCUCCAAUGGUUAGUUUUUUCACAAUUUCUAAUUGAAAAUAUUAAUUUUUGUUCAGAAAGUAUCAGACACUGAUAGAUUGAGAUCUCUGGUAAUUGAUGUUUUCGCAUUUGAUAAUAUGAAAAAUGAAACUAUCGAAGCGUAUUCGGAUGCUAUUUUGGAGUUGCAAGAUGUAAAUUUUACUGGUUCACCAAAAACUUUCCAAUCAAAUAUUACUGAAAUUGUUGGGAACGUUGUUGCACUCUCAAAUAGUCAAUCAUCUCAAUAUCAAUCAACAUCCGAUGGUCAGUGAUUUCUUAUCAAUCAGGUUUAAUUAGGGUUCAAUUAUUUUCUAGAUUCUUCAUAUUCUGUUGGAGUUCGUUUGGGUUUGCCAGAACUUGAGACAAUUUCUACAACGAAAUCACAUGCAGCUCUAAAUUUUCUGCUUUCGGCACAUAUGAAAUGUGUUCGAGCACAGCGUGAUGAAAGUCGAAAUGAAGAUGAAAAGCAAAUUUUGACUAUUAUUGAACAAUGUAUUUUUUCGAAUUUGUCUUCGGUGCUGAGAGGACAGUUUGAACCAUUGUGAGUUUUUUCUUUAUUGACAUAAAACACGUUGAGUAAAUAGAGACGAUUAUAAGAUUAUUGAAGAUAGAUUUUCAAUACUUAUUUUGUUUUAGAAUAUGUGGUCGAGACGCAAGAAUUUCGUUUAUCAAACGUGUUUAUGAAGAUAUGAUUACUGAAGCAUCUUUAAUUGGACUUAUUGCAUAUUGUUCUGAUUUAUCAGUUUCUGAUUCUUCAGCUUUAUCUGAAAUAUUCAAUCCAAUGUUUGAUAUUCAACGUGUUUGUGUUUCUAUUCAACACAUGGAAAAUACAAAUGGUGACGCAACAAUGUAUUUAAUUUAUCGUUUCAUUAUUCGUCUUCUGUCUGUAAAAAUUGGAUCAUCUCGACCAUUAUGCGAUCUUAUUGUUGAAAGAAAUGAUUUCAAUUUUAAAUCGAUUGCAAAGGAUAAUGGGAGAGAAGUUGCUUUGAUGUCUUAUUUGGGACCAUUUUUCAAUUUCGGUUUAGUCGCUGAUGAAAGAAAACCACUUACAAAAGCAUUUGAAGGUGCUCAUGAAGAUGGAAACAAAGAUACGAUACAAUUAGAAAUGAAACAAUAUCAACAAAGAUCUGCUGCUGUCAGAUCUUUGUUACACCAAAUUAUUCAUCAACUUGUUGCAAAUACAUCAACAAGAGGAAAAACUUUGCAAUGGAUUAGUGAUGUUAUAUCGAAAAAUCGAAAAAAGGCACAACUUCAUGCUGAUUCUUCUCAAUUAGUUCCAAAUCAUUAUAUUGCCAAUUUUCUGUUUGUUCUUUAUGAAUUAUCGGCAAAAAUUGGAUUGGACAAAGUCAAUCCUUUGUAUCCUUUCAAAUCAAAGUGUCUCGUUGAUAUCAAAGAAAAAACACGACUCAAAAUGGAUUUACAACAAGCAAGAGAAUAUUCUGCCAAAGUUGGUGAGUUAUUUUUAAAAAUUUCCUGGCGUUCUACAUUUAUUCUACAAAAAUGUUUUUCAGAUAACGAUACGGAGGAAAAGUUCACAACUGAAUGUUUUUUCCUCACAAUCGAAUGUCAACAUCUUGUUCUUGAGCCAAUAAAUAAUUUGAUUGGAGAAUUCAGUCGAUAUAUCAGUGAUUUGAAAAACAAAAUUGAAUCAAUUCGAUCAAAUAUCUUGAACAUUUUACAAGCUCAAAAUGUUGAUCGAGCUGCUUUGGAAGUGAAAUUGCAAAGAAAUGAAAUGAAAUUGAAAGUAUACAGUCAAGUUAGAGCAUGUUUGCGAACUCAAGUAAGAGAUCAAUACUUGAUUUCAAAUGCAUUGGAUUUUGCUAAUAAGCAACUUCUUUUAUUGCUUCAAUCAAUCGAUAAAAAUGGGUAAAUUUAUUUCACCAAAAAUAAUGUAAUAAUAUUUGUGUUUUUUCAGUGAUUUCUCUGGAACUUCUCAACAAUGGAAUUUCCCAUCCGAAGCACCAGAACAAUUUGCUGCAUAUCCAGAACAUUAUCUUGAAGAUAUUCUCCAUUUAUACAUUUUCGCAAUGCAACAAAUGAGAGAUGUUGUUCAUGAAAGAAGAAAUGAUUGGCCAGGUCAAUUAGUAUGCCUUUUCACAAAUAUGAAAUUAUUCAAUAAUCCGUUUUUGGUGGCGAAAUUAGUUGAAGUUAUCACAAGUACAACUCCAAUGUAUCAUCCAAAUCAAACAGCUUUGUUUUUCAAUAUGAUAAGUUUGCCAUUAUCAAAAGAGAAAUUACUUCCAAGUUUGAUUCGAUUUUAUUCGGAUUUUGAAGAUGGUGGAGAAUUUUAUGAGAAAUUCCGAGUUCGAAGAAAUAUUCAAAUUAUAUUUGAUCAUCUUUUCAAGGAUUAUUUGUAUAAAUCAAAAUUCAUGGAUAUGGCUCGAGAAUGUGGAACAGAAUUCAUCCGAUUUGUAAAUAUGAUUAUUAAUGAUGCAACAUGGUGUAUUGAUGAAAGUUUGGCUGGAUUGAAACAAAUUCACGAUGUUGAAAAAAUAAUGGAUAGAACUGAUGAAUGGAGUGCAACAUCACAAGAAGAACGAGAUCAACAAUUAGGAGUUUAUGAAGAAGCAAAAAGAAAAGUUAGCGGAUGGCUUAAUUAUGCAUUCGAAACUUUACGAUUGUUAGUUGCUCUAACUACUGAUUCACCACAUCCAUUUAUGACAUCUAUUCUUGGUGAAAGACUUGCGGCUAUGUUGAAUCAUAAUUUAUCACAAUUGUGUGGUAAUAAUUGUCAAGAUCUUAAGGUUUUUGAAAUAUAAUAUUUUAGAAAUAUAAUAUUCAACAAAAAAAUGAAUAUAUUUUUAGGUAAAAGAUGCUACUAAACGAUAUGGUUGGGAUCCUCGUCGAUUUGUUUCUCUUCUUAUUGAUAUUUAUCUCAAUUUACACAAUGAUCAAUUUGUUAAAUAUGUUGCAUAUGAUGAAAGAACAUAUACACCAACAACAAUGAAAGAUGUUCUUAAUCGAAUGGAUCAACGAAAAAUUGUAUCGAUUAGUCAAAUUGAAAGAUUCAAACGUUUGUUGGAUGAUGCCGAGAAAGAAUAUAUCGCAAAAGCUGAAUUCGAAGAAGAACUUGAUGAUGCUCCAGAAGAAUUCAAAGGUAUAUCUAAAAGUCUGAAAGUUUUAACUGGAACAGAUUUUUUUUGAAAAGAUAUUUUUCCAUAACAUGAUUUUAUUUAGAUCCGAUCAUGGAUGCAAUCAUGGUUGAUCCCGUAAAAUUACCAUCUGGACAUGUUAUGGAUCGAGCUGUUAUUGAACGUCAUUUAUUAAGUACACCUAAUAAUCCGUUUAAUCGUGCACCAUUAACUGCAGCAGAACUCGAACCACGUUAGUUUUAAACUCUCCCAGAAUAUUUUACUUUUAAAAAUUGUUUUUAUUUCAGAACCCGAACUAAAAGCUCAAAUCGAAUCAUGGAUCGCUCAAAAGCGUAAUAAAAAGUGA